UGACUAUUGGUAUUGUAAGCCUCUCGGAAGAGGUGUUCUCCAUUAUAACGCUGUUUCUAAUUGCAGAUGAUACCCUAGCUCUCUCAUAUACGUGCAUCCACAGUUACAGCUGUUUAUCCCGAGAUAACGUGGCUUUGUGGCGAAGGUAUUUGGAGGCUGGCAGGCAUCGAGUGAGGCCUCAGGCCGGAACAACGUGUUCGAUGGCUCUCUCGAUCGAACCGAGUAACUAUCGGCUUAUAGUAGCCGCUCUAGCUCGCUCUGAUUGGCGUUUUCGGAAGGAGAAGAUUACUAAGUUAUUGAAAGGUGGCCAUUUGCAACGUCGUUUCUACCCAACGAAUUGUCGCAAGGAUCUUCUCUUGCGAGUCGACCCGAUAUGCCUAAAAGAGUUUGCAGCUAAGCAACGCGGUCAAUGCUCCACGCAUCGGCGGUCAGCGUUUCCAAUGGCGAGUUGUGAACGGGAAAGUGCGAAUAGUAGUAUUUUAACGAGGUUGGUUACCCGUGGAGAUGAGGGGUCUCUGAGGCGUAUCCUGAAGCGAAUCGGGGAUCGCCUGAGCACUGUCGACAGAGUUAGAGCCGUUGAGAGCGCUCUUGCGGUUCAGAUGGUUACAGCGGAAAUGGCAGCAUGUGUCUGCAUGGUCCUGGAUAGUCACUCCAUGCCAGCGCUGGUGAAGUGGUCUACGCCUCCGGGAGAUACUGCUCUCCACGUUGCAUCCCGAUUUGGUCAUUCACUUCUAGUACAACGAUUAAUGGCUGCAUUGGAUGACGGAGAUACUAUGAAGGCUUUGGUGAAUCGGAGGAACCUGUUGGGGGAAACUGCUGCCCAUGUUGCACUCGAUGGGAAUCAUAUCAGCAUCGCCACAAUGUUAGUUGAGAAGUACGGCUGUAACUCUCGAAUCGCGGACCAGGCUGGUCGUACUGUCAUGUCAAUGAUGUCGAGAUUCAAGGACAAAAUCACAUCAUCAUAA